AUGGUGAACGUGUGGCAGCCGCCUAACCUGUACGAGCUGUGCCCGGCGUACACGAAUCUCACUGCGUGUACCCCUUUUGCGUUGAUGUAUCUCGACUUGCUGGUGAAGCUGUUUGGUUCAGCGCCGGACCAUGCCCCUGAGGCAGUGGAUGCAGAAACCUACGACUUCGUCGUGGUAGGCGCUGGCUCAGCGGGAUGCGUGGUCGCUAACAGGCUCAGUGCAAUCGAAGAGUGGAAGGUGCUACUCUUAGAAGCUGGUCCAGAGGAACCUGAUAUCACAUCAGUGCCAGCGCUGUCCACAUCACUACUGAGUUCCAACAUCGAUUGGCAGUACAAGACAAUGCCCAGCCACGUCGCCUGCCUGGCCUUUGAGAACCAACAGUGCAGAUGGCCGAGGGGUAAAAUGAUGGGCGGCACGAGCUCCAUCAACUCGUUCGUGUAUAUCCGCGGGAACAGGCUGGACUACGACGGCUGGGCGCGGCGCGGCAACACAGGAUGGAGUUACGAUGAGGUAUUACCAUAUUUCAAGAAAUCUGAAAGGAAUCGGAAUAUAGAAGGGCUAAAUCGAAUAUACCAUGGCGUCAAAGGAGAACAGGCUGUAUCCCGAUUCCCCUACGUGGACGACCCUUCCAUUAUGAUCACCGAGGCCUUCGUCGAGAGGGGGCUGCCUUUGAAUGACUACAAUGCCGCCAUUCAAUACGGAACCAUGCAGGCUCAAGCCAUCUCCGAGGAGGGUCAGAGAGCUUCCACCAACAGGGAGUUCAUCAAGCCGAUCAGAUAUAAGCGGCAUAACCUAAGCAUCAGAACAGAAGCCGAAGUUAUCAAAAUACUUUUUGAUGAAAAUAAAAGAGCUUCAGGUGUUCAAUACAUAAAAGACGGUCAGAUAUACACAGCCUAUGCAACUAAAGAAGUCAUCGUCAGCGGUGGAUCUAUAAAUUCUCCACAACUACUAAUGCUUUCUGGAAUCGGCCCUAGAGAGCAUUUAGAAGAUCUGCAUAUACCAGUGAUUGCCGAUUUACCAGUCGGGGAAAAUCUUCACGAUCACGUUACUUUUAACGGUAUUAUCGUAGCAUUUCCAAAUGAAACCGCUACCACUGUCAGCCAGGAUGAGAUUAUUCAGGAUAUAUAUGACUACAAAGAGAUGGAAGUGAAAAGAGGCCCUCUAUCCGGGAAUGGUCCGGUGAACAGCGUGUCUUUUUAUGUAACACAAUUCGGCUUGCCGGCUCCCGACAUCCAAGUCCAGGUAGACAGUGUAAACUGGGAAGAAUAUAUAAGAGAACCGACUGUUUAUGAUAGUUUAACUAUCUUCCCAACUGCGUUCUAUGAUGGAGUAAUUCCUAGAGUCAUGAACCUUGUUCCAAAGAGUAGAGGUCGGUUGCUCCUCAACGCGAGUGAUCCUUACGGACAUCCAUUGAUUUGGUCUGGUUAUUUGACUGAUCCGCGCGAUUUAGAAGUGCUGAUAAGAGGUGUGAAAGAGGUAUUGUCUUUGGAAAGUAGUUAUGCUUUUAGAUCCAGAGGUGCUCACUUCGUUAGGACCCCUCUGCAAGCAUGCCAGCACUUCUCUUGGGGGACUGACGCGUACUUCGAGUGUUUGGCGAGGUCUUAUACGUCUAGUCCUUACCAUCCUGUGGGGUCUUGUAAAAUGGGUCCAGCUGAAGAUCCUACAGCAGUGGUGGACCCCAGGCUCAGAGUGUAUGGAGUCUCGGGGUUGAGAGUGAUUGAUGCGUCUAUAAUGCCGCAAGUGAUUAGAGGUAAUACUAAUGCUCCGUCGAUUAUGAUUGGGGAGCGAGGAGUAGGGUUCGUUUUGGAAGAUUGGAAACAUAACUAUUGAGCAAAAUGAGCAUUGAAAAAGGUACUU